CCACCAUCUUGGGUACGAAGUUGCCACAAUUGAUAAAUGUCGGAAAGAAGGAAAAAACUACCCAAUCUCGCGAAAAAUAAGUGUUGACUAUUGUAAGAAAAAAAUUUAUCAAUCGCAGUACGCGCCAAAAGAAACCCGGCAGAAAAUCGCUGGGUCAACUGCAUCAUAAGGCGCAUUCACUCGUGUGGCUCUGUCGUUGCGAACGAGGGUGGAGAGGAGGCGCUGACGCCACACACACGCCACGCCACACACAGCACACAGCACUCAGCACACAGAGACAAGAAAAGGGCACCGCCGAACAACAAAAUGACCUCGAAGCGCAAGUACCAGAGCCUGUCCAGCUCCAGCCCCGCUGUCAUCAAAGAGGAGAUUGUGCCCGUGCUCAUACAAACGGAAUCGGACGAUGGCGAGAGUGGCGAUGCACCACAUUACACAUAUGCCUACACGACGACCACUGAGGAGGACGAUGCCGAGGCGACGGAGGUGAUCACAAUGGACGAUCGCCAGGAGGUGAUUAUCGAUGAGAACGGGCAUGCGGUGACGCUGCAGCAAUUGGUGGAGAACAGCACCGUCGAGGAGGUGGAGACUAUCGAGCAGGGCGAUGGCACGCACACCAUUCUCCGCAUUGUACCCAGCAUUCGCGGCAGCGGCCACCACGACGAUGAUGGUGAGGGCGAGGGUGAGGACGAUGACGAGGACCUGGAGGAGGAUGUCGAUCACGAUGAGGAGAACGAGGGGGAGGAGAUUCUGGGCAUCGAACACGAAGGCCUCGAGGAGGAGGACGAGGAGGGUGUCGGCUCCAUUGUGUUCGAGGGCACCAUUGACCACAGCCUGGAGGGGGAUGGACGCAGCAAGACCUUCUACUGUCCCAACUGUGGCAACUGCUACAGCGCUGCCGGCUCCCUGAAGCUGCAUAUGCGCGCCUGCCUACGGCAGCGCAACGAUGUCUCGGCCGAGGACCGCAAGUGUUCCGUCUGCAGCAAGGUCUUCAAUUCGGUGGCCUACCUAAAGGAGCACAUGAUGCGGCAUACCGGGGAGCAGCCAUUCCGCUGCACCCGUUGCUAUCGCAAAUUCAUCGAUCAGCAGAAGUUCAGCGCCCACAUGGAGUCGCACAAGCAUCAGGACAAGCUGGAGGCCGAGGCCGUGGCCCUGGCCGCCCAGCAUGGCGGCAAGAAGGUGGUCGUGAAGGAAUUCAAUUGCUCCUUUUGCAACGAGGACUUCACCGUGGUGUUCGAUGUGGGCCAGGUGAAGCGGCGCUAUGCCUGCGACGGCUGUCGCGAUAAGUACUCGAAUGCAGAGGCCCUGCGCCAGCACAAGCAGCUGGUGGAGGAGAAGCGUGAAUUCACUUGCGAUCGCUGCGGCCGCAAGUUCGUCUUUGAGGGCUUCCUUCAGCGCCAUUUACCCACCUGCGAUGGCAGCAUCAAGCGUCGGCGUGACAUGAAGUAGAGGUGGCAGCAACGUGAUGACAAUUGGCGGCCGGCGAACCGUAGGCGACGGCACCCUCGACACCAGCUGAAUAGCCGGAAUGAAGAUGAUCAGCUGCAGUUCGAGGUGGAUCCCCUGAUGGUUCCACCAAUGCAUUACGUUGUUAUCAAACAGGACGCUAGCAAGAACGACCAAAACGACGACGACGAAGAUGAUGAUGAUGAUGGCUUUAAUGUGAGUCAGAAGCAAAAGCAAGAGCAAGAAGAGGAGUAGCAAUUAGCAGGCGAAUGAUGGAUGGAUCUGUCUCGCCCCACCAGGCGGGACAAUCAAAUCCUUAUUAAUUUUUGUAAAAUUUUCGUUUUUAUUUCCUAAUCGUUUCGGGCAGGAGGGGUCUGAAUAAAUACAAAUGAACGAGAGAGAGUCCAAACAAUUUUGAGUUUCAUAUAUAUAUAUAUAUAGA